GAGGGAGCGUCUCGGGGCCCAGACUGGGCUGGGCGAAGGCGUGUUGCUGCAGUUGGAUAGCCUGCUUCCCGACCAGGGUGCUCUGGUGCCCGCGCCUGGGCAGCUUGAGGGUAAGCUUACCGUGUGCACCUACAACGGCAACACGUGGAACACGGCCUCCAGCGUCCACGAGUGGAUGAGGAAGAAGGGGCUGGUCCCGCACGCGAUGUUCGUCCAGGAGACGCGCUUCACAUCUGACACGGCGGUGGAGCAGGCCCAUGGCUGGGCCAGCCGAGGAGGUCACCGACUCGCGGCCUCAGGGGUCCUGAGGACUGGAGACGCCGCCACGGCGGUCUCGUCGGGAGUGGCCAUAGUCUCCUCGUCGCUGCUGGGCACCGCGAGAUACCUCCUGCCCUGGGAUGGGGCCCCACAUCGGUUCAUCGCUCGUCGAGUCUCCGUGGGGGAGGGCACCAUGAUUGCCAUGAUCUCGGUGUACCUCGAGGACUCGAUCGGGCUCCAGGGGCCCAACAGGCAACUGCUGGAGGACAUCCACGCGUGGGGCGCUCACCUGGACGAGCCUUUCAUCAUAGGUGGCGACUGGAACAUUCAGGCCAGCGAACUGGACACCUCAGGCUGGCCUGAGCUCAUGGGAGGCGCUGUCCUGGCACCUGGGUUGGCCACCUGCAACGACAAUGAGUACGAUUACAUCGUCACCUCGCGCGCGCUAGAAGACCUGGUGGACUCCACCACGGCCCACGCUGACACCCCCAACGGCCCGCACCAGGUCGUGUCGCUCGUGUUGCGUGGCUGCUGGAAGCGGCCCAUGAUCCAGACGCAGCGCGUGCCGAAGGGUUUUGGGCUGGAGUUCGAUGCCGAUGAGGAGGCCAGGACCAGGCGCGACCAGCUAGUGGCCACCCUCCCCUGGCCACCGCCUGGCUCAGGCUCGGUUUACAAGGGCAGGUCCAAGGGCCUCAGGACGGUCACGGCCCCUCUGGAGGCCAAGGUCCAGGAGGGCCGCUGUGAUCGAGCAUCGGAGGUCACCUACCUCUGGCUGUCGCUGCGCCACCUGUCCAAGAGAAGGUGGGACUUGGGGCCCAUCGGGCCCAACGCCCAGCCCGACAGCUCCAGGGCCAGGCGAGCGCAGCAGCUGUUCGAGUCAGCCAGCCGCUUGAAGGUCAAGUUCCAGGAUCAGUCCAUCACGAUGUUUGAUGGCACGGUGUUCUUGAGCUUCUGGGAUGAGAUCGGCCUCCAGACUGAGUUUGGCUACAACUUCUUAUUGGUGAUGGAGCAGGUAGUGGCUAAGCACACCAAGGAGGAUGCCAAGGCCAGCAAACUCAAGUGGGAUGACUUCCCGGAGCAGGCCUUUGAACGUCAGGGUUCGUUGGCCCACAAGGUCAUCAAGAAGACCCACGGAGAGCCCAACCCCGUCCUUGAGGCCGGCACGGUGGACCAUGCUCUGGUGGGCCAGCCUUCUCUGGAGAGGAUGCUAGCUGACUGGCCCCCCAUAUGGUCUGAUCCCAGUCGGAGCGGCCAGGAGCACCCUGGUCUUUGGGACGUUGGCGAGUGGGUGCUGCCGCCGAUCACGGUGGACGACAUCAAGCUCGCGUCGCGCAAGUUCUCCAAGCACGCGGGCCUUGGCUGGGACAGUUUCCACCCGCGCUUGCUGCUGGGGGUGGGAGAGGACAUCCUGGCCAGGCUCGCCAGUCUGCUCAACUCCUGGGAGCGCUCUCCCUACUGCGGCGAGCUGUGGACCGUGCUCAUGGUCUUCUUGCCGAAGCCCGAUGGCGGGCAGCGGCCCAUCGGGCUCAUGCCGCUGCUGCCCAGGAUCCGGUCAAGAGUGCGCCAGGGCUACACGGCCAAAUGGGAGAGGGACGGCGAGGACUACGCCGUGAAAGUCCUCACGGCCCAGGUGGCAGGGGGCAGCUACAGGCUCUACGUGGACUGCAUGGCCACGGUGCGCUGCGCGGCCAACCCGUUGGCGGCGGCCGCCGCCAGCAGCCAGCGUGCGCACUUGUGGGCUGGCCAGGCCGAGCAGCUGCAGGACGUGACGGUGGUCAAGAUCAAGGCUCACUUGGGCCCCAAGGCCGUCGCAGACGGCCUCAUCUCGCAGUUCGAGUUGGACGGCAACGCUCGCGCUGACAGGCGAGCCAAGCAGGGCGCGGCGGCGGCCAGGGUGAGCCUCGAUGACAUCCACACUGUCGAGGGCUGCCAGGCGCCGGUGCGCCAGGCGGCGCGGUUCGCCGCCGCGCAUGAGGUGCACAUUUCGCGAACCAACAGGCUCGACUCCAUGGGCGUGGUGGCACUGAGACUGAUUGACCUUGGAGAGUGGCCGCAGUGGCCAGCUGAGUUCGACGAUGAAGUGGAGGGUGCCGACUUGGAGGCCGCGGCCAGCUCCCAUGUGACAGUGGGGAGCGCGCCGACGGAGCCCGAUGUUGUGCCCGUUGGACUGAAGCCUUGGCGC